UUAUUGACCGAUGUCAGAAAAGGCAACUUUCGCUGCUUACACUUUUCCUAUGUAUCUUUUGUAGCUCCUUGCUAAGUAAAUUCUCAUUGACUGGUUGCGAUCGGUGUGUAUACAAUAGUAGCCUACGGAAAUCUAGGCUACAAAGUGUAACGAUGCAAAUUAGCAUAUUCAUAGAUUCUGACAUUCUCAAUGAGGGUAAAUGUGUAUAGACGCUAUCAAGCCAUUUUCAGUAGCUUAUUGGACACUUUUGGUGGAAAAAAUAUAUAUUUAGAAAAUUAUUCAAUAUAGAAUAUUUUUAAAGGUUUUAAAAUAUAUCUGGAGAGGUACUUUAUCUGAUAAAUUGCUGUGCUACUGAGUAACUACUGAAUAAAAACGAAAGGCAGCGGCUCUCCAUGGCCAGGAUAUGGAUAACAAAGCAUUAUAUUACAUUACAUUACAGGCAUUUGGCAGACGCUCUUAACCAGAGCGACGUACAACAAAUUGUAUAACCAUAACCAGGAACAAGUGUGUUGAAAACCCAAGAGGGAAGUACAGUUCCAAGUGCAGGGAGCGACCGAGUACAUACUACAUUCCACUUUUACAACAGUCUGCCCACGUGAACAUUUUUAAUGGAAGGUUUUGGAGACCGAGGUGGUUUUUUUCUCGUCUAAGGUUUGGACACGUAGGACUGAAGUCGACUUUGCAUAUUGUGGGUAAGAGAGAUUCCGAUAAAUAUUAGGCCUAUGUGAAGUAUACAGUAUGUAAGAAAAUGUGAAGUGUGCAUUGUUACAAUGCAGUAAAAUCAAUAGGGCGAGGAAAGAGGAAAGUUUUUGUUCUAAAGCAGGUGAGUUUGGAAGAGAGUGGAGUCUUAAGGUAAGGUUGGACACAGGUGUUAAGCAGUGGAAAUUAAACAGGGCACUGUUUAGUUUUCUAAAUAUAUAGGCUUAGAGAAUUGAAUUUAAAUACUAACGUCGUCGUGAUACUGCACACUCCGGCACAGUAGAUGGCGGUAUGCACCUAAUUACAACUUUUAUGAUCCAUACAUAGAAUUCAAAGAAAAAGACGUGGGUACCGCCCACUUUUUAUGUAAACACCGUCAACGGCACGGAGGGAAUCCUCUGAAUAAUAUUGGCCGCAAAGAAGAAUGCAGGCUGUUCAGUUGUAGAAGUAAGUGUAAGUUUACAACGAAAUUUUUACAUCGGAAUCCAGCCGUCCAAAAUCAGCAGCUUCGGUUUAUUUUUAGUACAAGAUCCCCUGCUCAGCUUAGCAAACAUGCGUUUGUUUGCUCAGGACAUUUCUCCGCGAGCAAUAUUUUAAACGAGAGGGAGUAGACUACAGCGCUGGGUUUGCCUCGAAGUUACUGCUAAAACCUGUUCGCGAACCUACUGCAAACGUCCAGUCUGGCAGGUGUGGACAUGGAAACUUAUUUCCCUUUGUACUGAAGUGUUGGGUGGAUCGAGUUGUGCAUCCAUAAAUUAUCAUGAGAAUGUUAAUCCAAGUAAUAUUUCCAGUCGGUGCCGGUAUCAAGGAAAUCCAAUUUAGCGAAAAGGAAAGGAUAUAGGCUGUUGUACACAACGUAAUGCAAGCUAACGCGCUGUAGCCGAGAAACUUUUCUCACGCCGCCUGUGUGUGGAUAGGUGAGCGAAAAUCUGGAGCCUAUCGCAGCUACAGGUCAUUAUAUAUUUAAAUGAGCAAGGCAAAGCGGGUAGUGUGAGCCAGAGCCAGCCAGGAGAAGCUGCGGAAUUUUUUUUUAGAAUAUUUCGUGGUUUUGGAAAAAGUGUUUCAUUUAAAGGAUUAACAUGGUGAUUGGUCACACUUUCUAGGUUUUUAUAUGCUAUUUUAACAAGAGGCAUUGAAGAAACACGAUGCAAGUACAGUAUUAAGUAUGUCAGUUUUUUAGUUUGGAGAAGUAAGUAGGCGUGUUAAAUUUAUCGUCCGGUUCAACCGGUUGAGAAUGUUCUCGUCGUAGUGCGUCACACGAGGAUAACCACUCCCCUGUCCACGCCCCGUAAAGAAAUCUGACUGGGCCAGAGACUGUAGGGACUGGACACACCUCCUGCUUUGCGCCAUUCCACCUUCUAUCGAGCACGCUCAAUACACAUUUCCAACACUCAAGUUAGCUGUCACACACUAUCAAUCCAUCAAUCACUCACUCAUUCAUUCACUCACUCACAUUCUCAAAACCCAAAGGCACUUUUAAGAGCCAUGCUCCCUGCAUCUCUGUCUUUCGCUCUGCCUUAGUCGCUGUCCAUCUCUCUCUCUCUCUCUCUCUCUCUCUCUCUCUCUCUGUCUCCCUCCCUCACUCUCUCCCCCUUCGUCUCUUGCUCUUUCUGUCUCUCCCUCUCAUUAUGAGCAAAGUUCAUUUCACCUGUGCAGUGGCAGGCUGCACUGCCUCUAACGUGUCCAUGCACACCCUUCCACGGGACACAGCUUUGCGCCGGGAGUGGGUCAACUUCAUAUUUUCCAACGAAGUGCCAGAGAACGUCAGCCAGCACCUGCGUCUCUGCACUGCCCACUUCUCGCCGGACUGCAUCGGGAAUCAGGCCAGGUACAACGCCGGGUUCGCCUCGAAGUUGCUCCUGACGCCAGGAGCUGUUCCUACCGUGUUGAAGCCAGCUUCGCAUAUUCAACAGGUGUGCGAUGCCAAACCCGAUAGCGACGCGGAGGAGGAGGAGGCGGAGGGGGAGAGAGUGCCCCACGCAGUUGCGGAGAUGUGCCUCCUGACCGCGCUCCGGUGGCAGCGGCAGCAGCGGGAGGCCCUGCCUCAACACCGGCGUGUGCUCAGGGAGCUGCACUCCCUGGCCUCCAGGAAGAGAGAGAUGACGUUCAGUGGCCCUGCAGAAAGCAGCGCGGCGUACGCUGGUGGAAACCCGUCCAAAAGGACACGCCCAGAGCGGGCCGUUCAGCGCUGGGUUAGAGUGACCGAGGAAGGGGAGGAGCUCGGCGGAGGAGGGCUGUACACGCACGGCACCACUCCAGAACUCAGCCGAGUCGAGGACCUGGUCAAGGUGGAGGUGGAGGUGGAGGUCGCGGACGGCGCCAAGCUGGCGCUGGGAACCCGGCGGCGUCCCGGCCGAGCCGGAGCGGCACCCGUUUCUGGGGGACGCGCCGGGGCCGAACGGGGCGGCGAGUCGGCGGACUUCGCCCGCGCCGACGGCAGAUCAAGCGAUAAACUGAAAUGCGAGCCCGCCGAAAUCUCGAUUAGCGAUCGCGCGGGCGCGGACGAAUGCAGCUGGGGAUGAUCGGUGGAAACCUGGACUGGACUGAUUGCAGUGUGGCCAAGAAGUGAAUCCACAUAUGGAAAGUAUAAACAUAUAUAUUUUUUGUAUUCUUAUUAUUUUUAUAUUAAAAAAAAUUUUUUUCACAAGAAACAAUUGGACAAACUAUUUUUUGAACCGUAGGAAGACUCACUGAAUGUGGGAACGGUUGAAAACGGGUGCGAGACCUAAAAUGGUACUGGACAGUCUUGUUAACAUGCAUGCCUAAUCGGUGAGUGGUAAAGUGGUGCGGUGUGUGCACACCAGUGCUGCGUUACCGGUUAGGCUGACUGUCUGCCAGCCCACCCAUAGCAUACCUUUAUUAUUCUGGUGUUUAUCAUCAAGCCAUUUCAGGAACAGAAUUUUUUUUUGUUCAGGCGUAAAAAAAACAUGGUGAAACCGUAUGGCUCUUCUUAAUGUAAUGUACAUUUUGCGCACAGAACCUCAAUGUUAAGUUAACAGAGUUCUGGUUCAUGGGUAUCAGAAGAGAAGGAUCUACACAAGUUGGUACACAGUGUUUAUGCAGUGGGGAUAGAUUAAGGCCCUGUUAUGUCUCUGCGUGUCUUUCGAACCCGCGAUCAGAGGUGCAGUGCUGGUAGAGGGGAAUCUGUCCCAAAGCCGCACCCCCAGCUCACACCGCACAGUGGGAACACACAGGAGAGGGAAGAGUCCUGUGGACUGGAGCCUGUCAGCCCGACACAGUCAUACACAGACUGCCCUGUAGGUGGCAGUGUAGCACAACAGUUCUGGAACCUAGGUCGCAGCUCCAUGGCUGUAGAAGACAUUCUCGGGUAGGAGACUGCAGGUGCACCCUGGGAAGGUACUUUCCUCAGUAAACCCUGAAUUUUCAGAAUUUCUUCACCUGAAUUGCCUCAGUAAAUACCCAGCUCUGUAACUGGAUUGUAUGUAAAAACAGGAACGAGGUGAAAGUCUCUCUGGAUGUGAGUGUCCGCUCAGUGCCUAAAUGAAUGUAAAUGCACUGGAAAAAUAAAAUAAUUUAAAGAUAUUUU